CGUCGUCGUUCCCGCGGCAUGACAUUCUGAAUAUCUAAAAAAAAUAACAGUGAAUAACCGGCUACAAAUUCAUCGAAUACCAUGCGCGGCAGUGUCAUCUUCCAGCAGAACCGUGCCCUCGGCUACGUGAGCAACCACGUCCCGGCUACGGUGCGGUUCAUCGAAAAGCGCAACGAAAACGUCGUGACGACCUGCGUGGGGAAGUCUUUCCAUGUUUACGGCGCCAACAGCUUCCGGUUGAUCCGGGUCGGCGGGUUGCACCCGGAGGAGAUUUCGUGUGUGGCGGCGGAUGGCUUCUUGACUUAUGUUGGGUGUGGGAGUGUGAUUUACGGGUGGCGUGCGAGUACGCAGUUGCGGAAGACGUACCGGGGACAUGGGGCGCGGGUGCACCUGCUGUUGCCCUUCGGGAAGCAUCUGCUGUCGGUGGACGAGGCUAGUUUGGUGAAGGUUUGGAAUGUAAGCUUGGAGGAGGUUUAUUUGGAGGUUCCGUUCAGUAAUGAUCAGUUUGAGAUUUCGGCGUUGAUGCAUCCGGCUUCUUAUAAGAACAAGAUAUUGUUUGGAAGUUCCCAAGGGGGUCUGCAGCUGUGGAAUGUCAAGAACGGGAAGCUGGUGCACAGCUUUAAGGAUUACGACAGUAAAAUAGUUGUGUUGGAGCAGGCUCCGGCGCUGGAUGUGGCCGCAAUUGGGCUGCAGAAUGGAAGAAUUAUUUUGCUGAAUUUGAAAUUUGAGGAAUCCGUUAUGGAGUUGACUCAGGAUUGGGGUCCGGUAACAGGUAUUACCUUCCGAACGGAUGGUCAUCCCAUAAUGGCAAGCGGGAGUACCAACGGACAGGUAACGUUCUGGAAUUUGGAGGAACAGGUCAUCGUCUCGACGUUGGCAGCCCACGACGAAUCGGUAACAAGUUUGAAGUGCUUCGCGAAUGAACCCCUGCUGUUGACCACCUCGCCGGACAAUUCGAUGAAGCUGUGGAUAUUUGACCUUCCGGACGGGGGCGCGCGUUUGCUUCGGAUCAGAGAAGGUCACGGAGCGCCUCCAAAGUGCAUCCGCUAUCACGGAUCUUCCGGGCGAAAUAUUCUGUCCGCCGGAGAGGACGCAUCGCUGCGCAUCUUCAGCACCAUUUCGGAAACGCUGAACAAGAGCCUUGGCAAAGCAAGUUACAACCGGAAGGCGUCGAAGAAGCAUCGCAAGGGAGAAGAUCCCUUCCGGAUGCCUCCGAUUGAGCUGUUCACGUCGGAGGUCACGCGCGAUAAGGAGUGGGACAGCGUUGCGGCCACCCACGAGGGACUGGUUCAGGUGACAACGUGGUCGUUCGACAAGUGCCGCAUGGGUGAGCUGAAGCUGGUGCCGGAAGUGUUUCAGAACAAGAACCGGUCCGAUUUUGGCGUGAGUGCCACUGCGCUUUGCUUGAGCCACUGCGGAAAUUUUGUCACCAUCGGGUACAGCAGUGGCCACCUGGAGCGGUUCAACAUUCAGAGUGGAAUUCAUCGGGCGAGCUACGGGAAACCUCCGGCCCAUGACGGAGUGGCCGUGCGGGGUAUUUCGAUUGACAAUCUGAACCAGUUUGUGGUGUCGGGAGGUGCGGACGGAAUCAUGAAGUGGUGGCACUUUAAGCAAAAUGUUAACAAGCCGGUCUUUAGCCUGAAACUUGACGAACCCAUCGCACAGUUUGGAACGCAUCGCGAAAGUGCCAUGAUUGCUGUUGCGCUGGAGGACUUUGCCGUUUUGAUCGUGGACUCGGACAGCCGUGCCAUCGUGCGUCGCUUUACCGGCCAUCGCGGUCCAAUUACCGAUCUUUGCUUCUCGCCCGACAGUCGCUGGCUGCUGACGGCCAGCCAGGACUGCACGGUCAAAGUGUGGGACAUACCGUCCGCCUAUCUCGUGGACCACUUCCGGAUGCCGCAGGUUUGCACCUCGCUGUCGAUGUCUCCGACCGGCGAUUUCCUGGCCACGUCGUACGUCGACAACCGGGGCAUCUAUCUGUGGGCCAACAAGACACUUUUCUCGCACAUUUCACUGCGCGUCAUCAACCCGGAGGCCGAAGCCCCUCUCAUGGACCUGCCGGCGACCAUUUGUGACGAGAACACGAACGUCCUGCUAAACGAAACCACCAACGUCGAGCUCGAUGACCUGGAGGAAGCCUUCGAGGAAAUCAGCCUCAACUACGAAAGUCCCCCUCAGCUGUCCCAAGACUUGGUCACAAUGUCCAACGCAGCCGCCUCCCGAUGGCAAAAUCUGCUCAAUCUGGACAUUAUCAAGAAGCGCAACCGACCGCGCCAGGCCCCGCAAAAGCCCAAAUCAGCCCCCUUCUUCCUACCAACGGUCUCCGGGCUGGAUUUCCAGUUUGACCUGAGCGAAGGCCAAAACGGACUAACCGAGGACGGUUCAAAAAUCCUUCAACCAACCCAAGUCGAACAACUGACGAGCUUCGGAAAACUCCUGAAAGAAGCCGUUUCCACCGGAGACGCCGAGUUCCAGAAACCAAUCGAAUUCCUCUCCAACCUCGGCCCCUCAAUGGUCGAUUACGAGAUUCGGAACCUGAGUCCGUUGGACGGUGGCAGCGGAAGCAUUUCCGUGAUGGCGGCCUUCAUGCGCAUGAUUGCGGCGCUGCUGGAAGGGAAUCGGGCCUUCGAGCUGGGUCAGAGCUGGCUGGGGGUGUUUUUGAAGAAUCACGGCCGCGUCGUCGUGGACCACCAAGAGCUGAGCGCGCUGCUCGAGCAGGUUGAGCUGGCGCAAUCGAAGGGUUGGGCCCUGCUGGAGGAACGUCUGCUGUACGGGAUGGGGGUGGUGAGCAGUUUGAGGAACUUUAGCGCGUAGGAGUGUUGGAAAAAUAAAAAGUUUACGGUGAACGCUUGUAA